UGCAUCCACACAUCCCCUGUGGAAGGGAUGUUCACAAGGAGGGUCCCCAGUGGCUCUACGUGUGGGACUUCGAUGGGCUGCUGCGCGAGUCCCAGCGGGAGGUGCUGCGGCUGCAGAGGCAGAUGGCGCUGCGCAACCAGCGGGAGACGCCCCCACUCCCGCCGUCCCGGCCCCGGGCCCUGCUCUCCAGGCCAGAGCAGGGGAGCCGGCUCCCGGGCCCCGGGAGAGGCCACGCCCCAGGAGGAUGCGGACAACCUACCCGUGAUUCUAGGGGAGCCAGAGAAAGAGCAGAGGGUGCAGCAGCUGGAAUCGGAGCUCAGCAAGAAGCGAAAGAAAUGCCAGAGCCUGGAGCAGGAGGCCCGGAAAAAGCAGAGGCGAUGUGAGGAGCUGGAACUGCAGCUGAGAGAAGCGCAGAACUGGUGGAGGAGAACUCCCGGCUCAGUGGGAGAGCCCCAGAGAAGGAGCAGGUACCACUUCCGCCCAGGUGGAGUGGGAGAAUGCGGAGCUGAGGGGCCAGCUCCUGGGGGUGACACGGGAGAGGGACUCAGCCCUUCGCAAGAGCCAGGGCCUGCAGAGCAAGCUGGAGAGCCUGGAGCAAGUGCUGAAGCACCUUCGGGAGGUGGCCCAGCGGCGGCAGCAGCUGGAGGUGGAGCAUGAACAGGCUCGGCUCAGCCUACGGAGAAGCAGGAGGAGGUCCGGAGGCUGCAGCAGGUGGGGCGGCAGUGAGGGAAGCUGGCAGGCUGCUGGACACCAGCGUUGCCACUCACUCAUUCCACAAGCAUUUACUGUGUGCCCGGCACUGCGCUAGGCGUCGGGGAGACUGUGGGGAACAAAGACCAGGUCCCUGAGCAGUCAGCAAAUGAGCAGAUCCAUGAGUGAGCUGAUUUCAGACACUGAUGAGCACAGUGGUGGAGAAGAACAGGGUGAUGUGACAAAGUGACUGGAGUGGGUUGAGGAACCACUUUAGAGGUCAUCCGGGAAGGCCUCCCUGAGGAGGUGACAAUUGACCUUGCCAGCCAGGAGGCGUAGACACGCACAUGCUCUGUGGCGGGGAAAAGCUGGAGAAGCCUGAGGCCAAUGUGGCUAGAAUACAGCAAGGGAUGGGCAGCGUGGUGGGAGUA